AUGCAGGAUGUGAUGAACACUGGAGAGCCCAGGCCUGUUCCAGUUGAGGCUAUGUACAGCCAAGCAGGGGUACAGAAUUCUGAAGAGGCUCGGUGGGAUGGCUUGACUGGGCGUAUAACCUUCAAUAAAUCUGAUGGCUUGAGGAAGGAUUUUGACCUGGACAUUAUUAGUCUCAAAGAGGAAGGAACUGAAAAGGCUGCUGGCGAAGUGUCUAAACACUUGUAUAAAGUGUGGAAGAAGAUUGGGAUUUGGAAUUCUAACAGCGGGCUUAACAUGACAGACGGCAACAAAGACAAGUCCAACAAUAUCACUGAUUCACUGGCCAACCGAACACUCAUUGUCACCACCAUUCUGGAAGAGCCCUAUGUGAUGUACAGGAAAUCUGAUAAGCCCCUAUAUGGAAAUGACAGAUUUGAAGGAUAUUGCCUGGAUUUGUUAAAAGAAUUGUCAAAUAUACUGGGUUUCAUUUAUGAUGUUCAACUCGUUCCUGAUGGCAAAUAUGGAGCCCAGAAUGACAAAGGAGAGUGGAACGGGAUGGUUAAAGAACUCAUAGAUCACUUCCUCAACCCCCUGUCUCCAGAUAUUUGGAUGUAUGUGCUCUUAGCCUGCCUAGGAGUCAGUUGUGUCCUCUUUGUGAUCGCAAGGUUUACACCCUACGAGUGGUAUAAUCCCCACCCAUGCAACCCUGACUCAGAUGUGGUGGAAAACAAUUUUACUUUACUAAAUAGUUUCUGGUUUGGAGUUGGAGCUCUCAUGCAGCAAGGAUCAGAGCUGAUGCCCAAAGCUCUAUCGACCAGAAUAGUUGGAGGGAUAUGGUGGUUUUUCACCCUAAUCAUCAUUUCAUCCUACACUGCCAAUCUGGCUGCCUUCUUGACAGUAGAGAGAAUGGAAUCCCCCAUAGAUUCAGCAGAUGAUCUGGCAAAGCAAACCAAGAUAGAAUAUGGGGCAGUCAGAGAUGGAUCAACAAUGACCUUCUUCAAGAAAUCAAAGAUAUCCACUUAUGAGAAGAUGUGGGCUUUCAUGAGCAGCAGGCAGCAGACUGCCCUGGUAAAAAACAGUGACGAGGGCAUCCAACGAGUGCUCACCACUGACUAUGCCCUGCUGAUGGAGUCCACCAGCAUUGAGUAUGUGACGCAGAGAAACUGCAACCUCACUCAGAUCGGGGGCCUCAUUGACUCCAAAGGCUACGGAGUGGGAACGCCCAUCGGUUCUCCUUACCGGGAUAAAAUUACAAUUGCUAUUCUCCAGCUACAAGAAGAGGGGAAGCUGCACAUGAUGAAAGAGAAAUGGUGGCGGGGGAACGGCUGCCCCGAGGAAGACAAUAAAGAGGCCAGUGCUCUAGGAGUAGAAAAUAUUGGGGGCAUCUUCAUUGUCCUGGCUGCUGGACUGGUCCUUUCUGUGUUUGUAGCCAUUGGAGAAUUUAUAUACAAAUCACGGAAGAACAAUGAUAUUGAACAGUGUCUUUCUUUCAAUGCCAUCAUGGAAGAGCUGGGAAUCUCACUCAAGAAUCAGAAAAAAUUAAAGAAAAAGUCGAGAACUAAGGGGAAAUCUUCCUUCACAAGUAUCCUUACUUGCCAUCAGAGACGAACUCAGAGAAAGGAGACUGUGGCAUGAUCCAAGAAAACACCUAUAGAAACUUUUCAGGAAGAAAAAGGACAUGUUUGCUACAGAUGUUUCGAGAAAGAAUUCUGAUGAGUGUGUGAUGUGUUUCCACAUAUCUAUAUCCAUAACUCUGAUUGUGUAUACAGAUAUAAGAAACACAAAUGUUUAAAAAGCUCACAUAGAUACUACUCGGGAAUUGAUACCAGUUCUUUUGAAAUGAAUUUUUAUGCUCACUUAUUUUGCAUUUUCUCUUUCAUCCCCAAUAAAUGACUGUGUGUGCUUUCUAAAUAAUAAUAAAACAACAGAGUUUUUUGUU